AUUGUGGAAAGACAACGGUAUUACUUCAAACAGUUGCGCCGAAGAUGACAUCAGACAGAUAGUUGCGUGUGAUUUAUUGCUGUUAUUAUAGCUGAUACACAGUAGGUGUUUUCAUCGCCGCGGAUGUGAUACAAGCCAUUUCAUUGGAGACAGCGGAGUGAACGGGCUACAGAUUCUGGGCGUCAUUUUCACUUACUUAGCUUAAUGGCAGCUUGAGCGUUUGCCGGUGUUUGCUACGUGGAUAUUAGCGGCGCAGCGUGGGAGAAUCGAUAGCAAGCAGAUUGCACGCGUCUAGAGAAACUUACAAUGAGUUCUGUGGUUAUUUAGUAAAUUAUCAGAUCAAUUCAAGUCUGGAAUUAACUCUGGGUCUUGUUUCUUGUUAGUGCGACAUCGUCCCAUGUUGAACUGCGCCAGAGCGCGCACGCUGCACGAACUCGGCCGCUGCGUCUCCAUGGUGGAAACGACGCUGCUUCGCGUGAACUGGAAACACUGUUAGGAGGAGCAGUUAGCAUGGAGCCCGGCGGCGGACCCAAAUCCGCUGACGGCCCCCCUAUUUCCAAGUGUCCCUCCGUUUCCAGUUCACCGUGCGGCCUCAACGGGAACAUUUAUGAGUCUGUCAGCGAGGGCAACGUCAGUAAGAUGGACGGCUCGGGCGCGGUGCGCGGUGGCAGCGACCCGAGCGCGUAUCCGCCACUGUCGAGCUCCUGGCGCGCCCCCGGCCCGCGCUUCAUCCGGAGGAGCCUGUGGUUUGCCGAGGACGAGCAGUCUCAUGAGGCUCCUGAAUACGACGUCCGGAGCGAGAUGUCCAGCGUGUGUCUGCGAACAAUUGUAGACCGGACCAGGGGCGCGUGGUCAAGCUUACAGGAAGGCUCGAGCACCGAGAGUCAGGCUGGACAAAAGGACAGCGCCACGGAAAGCACGAGCGCUGACGAAGAGAAUAAAGACAGGGUCGGUCCCAAAGUAAACGCAGGUGCACCAAACGGAGGGAAAAGCAGCAUAAAGACCGCGAGCGAGGAGAACGAAGAAGAGGCCGAGAUGAAAGCCGUCGCCACCUCUCCCAGCGGCCGUUUCCUAAAAUUCGACAUCGAGCUUGGUAGAGGCUCAUUCAAAACCGUCUACAAGGGCUUGGACACGGAGACCUGGGUGGAAGUGGCGUGGUGCGAGCUCCAGGACCGGAAGCUAUCAAAAGUGGAGAGACAGCGCUUCAAAGAGGAGGCUGAAAUGUUGAAGGGUCUGCAACAUCCAAACAUUGUACGAUUCUAUGACUCCUGGGAAUCUCCGCUCAAAGGGAAAAAAUGCAUCGUUCUGGUGACAGAACUCAUGACCUCAGGGACAUUAAAAACCUAUCUGAAGCGCUUCAAGGUGAUGAAACCCAAAGUUUUACGGAGUUGGUGUAGGCAGAUCCUAAAAGGCCUACAUUUUCUUCAUACACGCACCCCUCCAAUCAUCCACCGGGACCUGAAGUGCGACAACAUCUUCAUUACAGGUCCAACAGGCAGUGUAAAAAUUGGAGACUUGGGCCUGGCUACACUUAAGAGAGCUUCUUUUGCAAAGAGUGUCAUUGGCACUCCAGAGUUUAUGGCUCCAGAGAUGUACGAGGAGCACUAUGAUGAGUCGGUGGACGUGUAUGCCUUUGGCAUGUGUAUGCUGGAGAUGGCCACAUCAGAAUAUCCCUAUUCGGAGUGUCAGAAUGCUGCCCAGAUCUACAGAAAAGUCACUAGUGGGGUGAAGCCUGCAAGCUAUAACAAAGUCAAGGACCCUGAAGUCAAAGAGAUUAUUGGCGAGUGUAUUUGCCAGAAUAAGGAAGAGCGAUACUCCAUUAAGGACCUCUUAAAUCAUGCAUUCUUUGCGGAGGACACGGGCGUGCGAGUGGAGCUGGCUGAGGAAGAUGACGGAAGGAAGGCCUCCAUUGCACUCAAACUGUGGGUGGAAGACCCGCGCAAGUUGAAGGGCAAGUACAAGGACAGUGGUGCCAUCGAGUUCACCUUUGAUCUUGAGAAGGAGGUGCCUGAAGGUGUGGCUCAAGAGAUGGUUGAAUCAGGUUUCUUCCAUGAGAGUGAUGCAAAAAUAGUGGGUAAGUCCAUCAGGGACAGAGUGGCAUUGAUAAAGUGGAGAAGAGAGCGCACCGUGUCCUCAGCCAUGCAAAGUGACGUGGGUCAUGCACCGCAAGCCCAGGUAUCCCUUGGCUCUGUGCCCACAGUGUGUGAGCCCAUCUGCCCAUCGGAGGCUGAGGAAACUGAGGCAGACCAGCAUGCCAAUCUGGGGCUGCUGAGCAGCAGCACUACAUCUGCUACAUCCGACAGCGGUAUCGGCUCCAUCAUAUACUCUGACUCCCACAGCAGCAGCUUGCACAGUGUUAUUUACCCGUCACUGCAGGAACCUGUUCCCACAGCAGUGCAGCAGCAUCAUGUGACUGGCCCUGUAUUGACACCACAUGAUCAUGAUCUCGAAGUUUGGCGUUACUCCCAUGGAAUUGGGUCUAGAGCAGGUUUCCGCCGCCAGAGCACUACUGUGAUUGACACAAUCAGAGAGCAUGGACACAUCCAGUCCGAUUUUCAGCCAAUAAGUCCUGACUCCAUCCCAUCACCCCACUUGGAUAUGAAUGAGAAAAUGAGGAAAGAUUCCUACACUCCAAAGUUAUUGCUUUCCCCAUUACCAUUUGAUACACGACGCCAUAGUGACUCAUCAGUGGUGCUCUCACCUGACAUAGAGUUAGACGACAUUCUAUCAAAAUCCUGGGGUUGUCGACAUUGUCUAAGUCAUGCCCCUCUAACACCACAUCCCUUGUGCACAACCUGCUGCCCGCAUCUCUUAUCCAAGUCUAGGACAAGAAAAAGCACCAGCCCAUGCACUUCCCUCCCCUCUCCAUGUAUAUUUUAUGGCCAACCUGCAUCUCCAACUGGACUCCCACUUGGAGUAAGUGGGCAAAGAGGUUCCGUCAGUGAAAGCUUUGAUUUGUCAGAGCUUAACAAAUCCCUGGAAAACAUCACAGGCCACAAACAUAUUCCAAGUCCUUCCUUACUAAGAGUCCCAUCAACAGUGUUUGAAACAGGGCCAUGCCGGGCUGUGCGUAGUUAUGGUGACGAGCAUGAGAUGUCGGAAGCUCUGAGUGUUGAGCAGGUGCCAAAACCAGCAGUGCAUCGCAGGGCGAGUGUGUGCAUGGGUGACCAUAUUUUAAUGUACCCGUCUAGCACUCUGGGUCUUCAGAGUCAGCCAGCACCAGCUGCAUCCCUGCAGGUGGCAGGCCAUAUGCUCCAGCCAUCACAAAGUUAUGUGCCAGCAGGACCCAACACUGUACCUGUGCAGCCUGGCUACGUGCCUGCAAGCCAGCCUGUGCAGCCGCAGACUUACGCUCCACUGCCCUCCGCUGCACAACAACAAGCAACAGUUAUCCAACCAGUACAGUCAGCACCCGCACAGAGUACAUCAAUUGUACCCCAGAUGGUGAAUGUACAGAGCUGCACUCUUACAAGGCAGUCUGGGCAGCCAAUUGUCCAGGCAAAUGCUACUGUACCACAGAGCUAUAGUUCUUGUAUGCAGCAACUUGCAAGUACCCACAUUUUACCGGGCUUGCAGCAAGCUGAAGCUGGCCAGACAUUGCCAUCAUUUCAGCAAGUUGCCCAAAAUUUACUGCCUGAUCAACAGUCUGUCGCUUCAACUGUGCAACAUUUGACAAAUGUCCACAGUCUCCCGGCGUCGCAGUGCAGCGUGCAGCCCGUAUCAGCCUACACAGCAGCACAACAUGUCUCUACUGUGCAUAGCUUUCAGGAGGCUACAGCACUGCAGCCAAGCAUGCAAACAUCUCAACGGGGUACUACCAGCUUACAGCACGGAGCUCUACUGGUGGGCCAAGGAGAGCCUCUUCUGACAGGUCAAGCCACAACUCAAGUCCUUCAUACAGCUGGCAUGAUAGCUCCUGGGAAAGUAGAUUUUAAAGAAUCUGUUAUUCUUACUGCACCUUUACAAACAAGUCACAGGACCGAAGUUCCAGGCCAACUGCAUCAUGUGACUGGCCCUGAAUUGAAAGCACAUGAUAAUGAUCUCGAAGUUUGGCGUUACUCCCAUGGAGUUGGCUCUAGAGCAGGUUUCCGUCGCAAGAGCAUUACUGUUAUUGAAACACUCCAAGAGCAUCCACACAUCCAGUCCGAUUUUCAGCCAAUAAGUCCUGACUCCAUCCCAUCACCCCAGUUGGAAUUGAAUGAGAAAAUGAGAAAAGAUUCUUUUACUCCAAAGUUAUUGCUUUCCCCAUUACCAUUUGAUACACGACGCCAUAGUGACUCAUCAGUGGUGCUCUCACCUGACGGAGAGUUAGACGACGCUCUAUCAAAAUCCUGGGGGUGUCGACAUUGUCUAAAUCAUGCCCCUCUAACACCACAUCCCUUGUGCACAGCCUGCCGCUCACAUCUCUUAUCCACGUCUAGAAAAAGAAAAAGCACCAGCCCAUGUGCUUUACUCUCCUCUCCAUGCAUAUGUCCUGGCCAAUCUGCAUCUCCAACUGGACUCCUACUUGGAGUAAGUGGGCAAAGAGGCUCUGUCAGUGAGAGCUCUGAUUUGUCAGAGCUCAACAAAUCCCUGGAAAACAUCACAGGCCACAAACAUGUCCCACACCCUGCCGUACUAAGAGUCCCAUCCAUGGUGUUCGAACCAGGGCCAUGCCAGGCUGUGCACAAUGACGGUGACGACCAUGAAAUGUCAGAAUUUCUGAGUGUUGAGCAGAUACCAAAACCAGCAGUGCAUCGCAGAGCGAGUGUGUCCAUGGGUGACUGUACUUUAAUGUAUCCGGUCCCAACGCCUCAACAGCUUUUAGUCCAAGUUUCUGCUGCUCAACAAGUUCCAAUACAUCAGACUACUUUGUCUCAGAAGGCAACUCAUCUCACACAGUCAUCCCUCAUGCCGCUCUAUCUUUCCACCGGCCAAACUAUGCCUACCCCUCCCUCUGUUUCACCGGUGCCUGACUCGCAGAUGGAUGGCACAGUGCCAACGCCCCACCCACUCCUACCCUCUGCUUCCUCUGCACCAACACGGUGUUCCCAACAGGCCUGCACACUUCCCGUGUUCACAAGUAUACCCACAAUACAAUGCACCCGACAGGGCUACAGUAUGGCUGUCCAACAAAAUGCAAGCUUCCUGGCCACACCUUCCUUGCAUCCCCUCAUGCAGACCACUUCCCCAGUUUACCCAAUCCACCCUACUUCAUCCAACACUGCCUCUCUGUCUGCAGGAGCUCCUCCUAUCUUUCAGGCUACUCAGGGAGCUCCCAGCAGCAAUAACCUGUCCCAAACUGUGCUUCCAGCUCUGGUGAGCUCAUGCCAGAGCUCUGCUCCAGUCCACACCCCCUUGGCCAUUGCUGUUCCAGUCCAUUCAUCUCCGACAGCUGUCACCGUGGCUCCCCAUGCAACUGCCUUUCCUGGGCACCAAGCACAAACUGCCCCUGCUGUCCAGGUGACUUCUUCAGUUGCACAAGGCAUCGUGCCAGAUACUUUGAGCACUGGGGAGUCUCUGGAUAUGAACCAGGAACUUCAGGCCUCUGCAGUCACCACUAAAAUGAUUCAGCAAACACAGUCCAGCAGCAGCAUCACGCCUCAUCACAUUCAGCAAUGCAGUGCUGGAGCAAGCCAGCCAGCCACUGAAGUAUUUGCUGAGGAGUGUGUGCUUGAUAAGCAGACAACAGUGGCUGCAUAUGACAGUGUAAACUCAGAUGCCACAUCAGGAAAAGAGAUGAGCGAUGGGAAUGAGGGAACGCAUGGUGGGAGGAGCGAGUCGAGGGUCCGCAAACACCAUCGCAAAUCCUCUCGCACACGCUGCCGCCAGGAGAAGACCGGGAAGCCAAAACUGACCAUGCUCAACGUGUGUAAGACGGGUGACAAGAUGGUGGAAUGCCAACUGGAGACUCACAAUCACAAGAUGGUCACCUUUAAGUUUGACCUUGAUGGAGAUGCUCCAGAGGAGAUUGCAACAUACAUGGUUGAGAAUGACUUCAUCUUGCUGCUUGAAAGGGAGAUGUUUAUCGAGCAGCUGAAGGACAUAGUGGAAAAAGCUGAGGACAUCCUGAAUGAAGAUGCUGAUGGAGAGAGGGGUUCAGGACAUCCAUCACAGCCCCAUCAGAACCUCAAAGGGGGGUCUGAUUUUGAGGGAGCACAACCUCAGCAGAAUCAGUCCAAACAGCUAGUGUACCAACAAAAUGUCCUUCACACUGGAAAACGCUGGUUCAUCAUCUGCCCUGUGGCUGAGAUUGCAAAUAAUGGUGAAGAAAACGUUACAGCCAAAGACUCAGAAGGAACACCUGCAGCGCAAAUGCAAGAUACUAGCAUGGGUGAAGCCAUACAGUCCCAAAACAAUCCACCGUCUACCAUCACCGCCAUCAGUGCCCCUGAACACACCCAAACAGUGGACGAUCCUCAAAACACUCGUUCAUCAGGAAUGUCCAUGGUUGCUGAUAUCCCAUGCUGUCCUAUCACCCCUCCCACGUCCCAGACUGAAAGCGUAAAAACAAAUGUUCCCCAACCAGCCAGUCAUGACCCCAGCCCUGUCUCAGACACAGCUUCGACCCAGGUUCAGCCAGUAGUGCUUCAGCAGCCAUUUUCCACACCUGUUCCACCUCCUACCCAGUCACAGCCUCAGAGUCCAGCCCAUCAAACCCAACAGUGUCCUUCUACCACUUCACAUUCACAGCAGACAGGUGGACCAGCUGAGUCUGACGGGGAAGGGCCUCCUAGACAAGAGUUCACCGAUAGGACCAUAAAGACACUUGAUGAGAAGCUUAGGAACCUUCUUUACCAGGAGCAUAAUCCUUCACAAUCCACAAGCUCCACCUCAGAUCCUCCUGGCUCACCUCCAGUAUCAGACAGCCAAAGCAGUGAUGGACCACUGAGACGAGGCGAGAUGCUGCCUCAGAUUCCAGAAAGAAGUGAUAGUCUAGGGACCUUGAGUGACUCUGCUAUUGCUACUUUAAAUAGACAGCAGACAACUGAUGUAGAAGACACCUGUGAUGCGCACCCUACCUCGAAGAGCCGUUUCCAGAUUGUUCCAACGGCACCGGAUAUUGUCCAGAGUUUGGAGCGUGGCAGAAGGACCCGAGCUUCCUUCACUUCUGCAACACCUUGCCACACUGAAGGAGGGGCUGCUGUAACCACAACCACUGCAGAAGAGACGAGAGGACAAACCGCACAAAUGUACCAUAAUAACCGUUAUUCGGCUCCUCCGAAUCUCUAUCAGGACAUGCUCACUUCCAUGGUGGAGGCAACGACCACAAUGCCUCAUGCUCAGACCUCCUUGUCAAUGGAUGCAGCACCACCGCAUGGCUUCCUACUCUCCACAGAUUCCGGUGAUGAGGACAACCACGUGAUUCUGCCUCAUAAACCUGGACAUGGCAUUCCCAGUCACUCAGAGCACAGUGGAAGUGAUUUCGUGAAGCGGGCUGUAGCUUUUUUUCGACGCUCGGGCCGCAGCAGCAGCAUGCAGAGCUCCGAUUCGCCCAGUCGUCCACCUGUUGUUAAUGGCCACGGCCCGUGUGCUUCAAACCACGCUCACUCUACAUACAUCAGCAGCGAUAACGACUCGGAGUUCGAGGACGCCGACAUGAAAAAGGAGCUACAAAAGCUCAGAGAAAAGCAUAUGAAGGAAAUCUCUGAACUUCAAGCACAUCAGAGAAGUGAGAUCGAGCAGCUGUAUUCGAAGCUCGGACGACCUGUUCCUCCUAGCGUGGGAUUCUUGCACGCAGUGCCCCCUACUGGCCGCCGACGCCGAACCUCUAAACAUAAGCUCAAAGCGGGCAAGCUUCUUAAUCCAACAGUGCAACAGCUCAAAUCCAACCGUGCCAGCGCCACAGCUGAGACCUGUUCCAGCAUGUCAGCAUCUCCAGCUAAAAGCUCAGUUCUAGGUAACAGCUCAGUGGCUUCCAGCAUGGCCACACUUCAGAGUCCAGUGUCUGAACCUCUGCAACCCGUCCAAACACAGCAGCCAUGCUCGCUCAAAGUCUCACUGUCUUCUGACAACAUCUAUGAUUCGGCGGCAAACGUGCUUCCAGGGCAAGGCUGGACCGUUUACCACCAAACAUCCGAGAGAGUCACCUUUAAAUCUAGUAGCAAACCACGCACUAGAUUCCUCAGUGGACCCGUGUCUCUGUCCAUCUGGUCUACUCUGAAACGACUAUGUCUAGGCAAAGAGCGCAGUAGUAGGUCAUCGCAUUUCAGUGGCACUUCAACAAGCUCAGCAUCUAAUCAACAAGCAGCCCUGUCUCCUGUGGCCAGGCCUAGGCCUGUGCCUGAUCCUCAUCCUCAGCCAUUUACAACACUAGCUCAGGCUCAGACCAACAACAGCAAUAAUAAAAAACGGACAUUCACGGAUGACUUGCACAAGCUGGUUGAUGAUUGGGCGAAAGAAACGCAUACAGCUGGCCCUCAGCCCCGCCCUUCACUUAACCAAAUCAAACAGCAGCAACGGCAUCAGGACUUAAAGGGCACAUCUACGCAGAGAAGUGGAGGUACAACUCAGAUGAGGUCUUUGCCGUUCCAGCUGCCUCUCCCGUGCCCACCGUCAGCUGCUCCCGGUCCUAGUGUUCCCCCUGCCCUCGGUAACACGCCCUCACCCAGUCUCCAUCCAUCCUAUUUGCUUCCAGCUGGCCCUUUUGGAGGGGUAAUGCCAACUUCUGGGUACCCAAGUCAGUGGCCUCAGGCCCCCUGUCCAGUCGGCACAAUGGGGCCAGUGAACAUGAUUGGCGCCCCUGGUAUGAUGCCCCUCCCUACUUUGGUUAACCCUGCGCUGCAAACCUUUCCCAUGAAAUUGAAUGGCUCAGAAAACCCCACAUGCAGAGGCAGUGCCAGAACUGUAUAACCAUACCAUCAUCACGUAACCGGUUUUCCUCUCUAAUGCAAAGCUUUUUACUAUGCUACGUAAAUUAGGUCUAUGCCGAUCAUUCAGCGACUCCCUGGUUAUAUCAGUACUCCAUACUUAGCUGGUUCUGUUGACUGGUAAUUGAUCAAUGUCUGUCAUAGCCAUGCUAUGGUGUGCAGAUUAGCCAGGCCUCACACUGAAACUACAGUGCUCAUAGUCCUGUUGCAUUGGUCCAGUGUUCUUGAUGUCAGCAAGAGUCUGCAUUUGACCGCAGACACAUCUCUAUAUAGCCUCAGAGCUUGUAUAGUGUGUGUGUGUGUAUGUGUGUGUGUGUGCUUGAACAAGUGCCAGUAAGUCUGCAUUUGUCUGGCCUUUAUGAAUUCAACAGCCAUAGUGAGUUAUAAAUGAUUUUAUGGUCUCUAUCCGUUAGUCUUUUUCACUAUUUAGCAAUCACUGUUUGCUACAAAGGCCAAUGGCUGCCAGAGUGUAUAUGCACAGACCACAAAAGAAAUAUAACACAAAUAACACUUUAAGAAAAAUCACAAAUGGUCUAAAAAGUUGGUUCCGCAUCUAUUUGCAAUAUACAAUCCAUACUGAAGUGGACGAAUCUAUGACUCUGGUAGUCGUAACAUAACUGUUGGCUGAUAAAAUUGUUUGCGCACAUACACUGAAAGAUACUGACAAAGAAAAAAAGCAGCAAGGGGAAUGUAGUGCCUUGAGAGUUUUUAAAUUUCCCCAUGAUAAUCUGCACGUCAGCCUUUAAUCACGAACGUGCAAACUUUUAGGUCACGAGGAAACUACUACACGUGUUUUCCCAUUACCCCCCCCCCCCCCCAAACAUUCCCGAUUUUUAUAAAUAAAAAUCUGCGAAGCUCUCUUGGUGUUACAAUCCCCUCAUUAAAAGCACAGUGUAAGUAAGAUCUUUUUUCACACCUGUGACCUCAAACACUGGCCACUUGCAGAUCUUUGAUAUUUUAAUCUUGAACAAGGCCUUGUUAUUGCAGAAUAUCACAUGAUGCGGUGCUUGAGAAUGUUGUCCAUAAGAGGGCAAGUAAACCUUUUGCAUGGUCACUGUAAAGUUUACAAAAUUGUCUUUAUAAAGGUUUGGGUUGGGAGUUGAGAAGCUGUGUUGAGUGUAGGACAGUCGAACAGCACUAUUUAAAAGUGAAAUGGGACGGGCAGUUUGGCUUCACAUACUUAAGUGCAAUUUAACUCUAAAUCCCAAGAAAAGGAAGGUGGUGAGGGUAGCCCAGUCAUGAGCCUUAUGUACUAACCAGGUGAAAGAAGAGGAUCUGUGGUGACUUGGCACAGAACUCUGUAGUGAGCCAUACACUAAUUAGUGUGAGUUAAGUUUAGCUAUGUUGUUUUUCGUUUUUCCUCUCGUGAGUUCCUUUAUUGGUGUUUUGGAUGUAUUGUGUAUUUUAAGGUAGGAGGUUGGUGCAAUAUUUACUCACUUACGCUCACUCAUCGUUUAUACCGCUCUAUCCUGUAUUUAGGGUCGCGGGGACCUGAAGCCUAUCCCAGGAGACCUAGGGCACGAGGCGGUGUACACCCUGGGCAGGGUGCCGAUCCAUGGUGCAAUAUUUAGUUUACACUUAUACACUCAGAAUUAGGGUUAUCAUAACAGAUUUUGGCUUUUAUUUUCUAAUGCUGCUAGAAAGACAUAAGUGGUCCAGUAUAUGAAAAACUAAGGUGAGCUAAACUAUACUAGCUCCCAAGGUACAAAAUCCAGCCCUCAUUAGGAACAUGAAAAAUCCUGUAUACUCUGCUGCAGGAUGAGAAUGAUACCUUUGGUAUUAGACCUUAAAUCACUUAUUAAGGUGCGUCUUUGGGUUUUCUUGUUUAGCAAAUGUUUCUUUUAAACUAGGCAUCCUCAUUUUAAAGGUAUUUGUCCUAGGAUCCUGGGCACCCGCCUGUACUUGCACUUCCAUUGUUCUUAAAUCUGAUUUGCUUUUUCGACCAGCAUAACUUGCUUUAGCUCUAUACACUUCCAAAAAGGAAACAUUUUUUUCUAGACUAUGUUUAACAGCAAUACACAAUAGUAAAAAAAAAAAAAAAAAAAACAGCAACCUACCAAAAGGUAUACAGUCUAGCCCUACUCCAAGCCCACAAUCUUAAAACUGUGAUGCCACUUUACCAUGCUGAGGUAUGAGACCUUAAAUCACUUAAGUACAUCAAUUUAUCGCACUUAGUAUUUAAAUUUUUCUUGUUUUUUUCAAUGAUUUUAAAUCAGAAUAUCGAAACUUGGAUUGGGAUACCCUAGAAUCUUUGCUACUCAGAAGCUUUUGCACUUGCCCCCUUUUGUAAUUGAAUGUUUGUCACUUAGACCAGCAUGUUUGGGCUAUCCAAAGUAUACCCUUCAAAAUCUUUUUUUUUUUUUUUCUUUUUUACCCUAAAAAAGAG